GCAUCGAGUGAACGUGUUCUUCAAUAGGAACAAUGAUCGUGCGAUAAGAAUAUGGUCUUCCAAGUCCGGAGGGAGCUCCAGGAUCCUUUCAUCCGGUGCUCGUGGGGUGGGAUUGCAGGGGGCGCGGUGGCGCCUGCGAGGGACGGGUAUUUUUAUUCAUCUUUCCCGGUGAUGGAUUUGAACCGAAAACUUCAGGGGGAGGGAGGGGGAUUUGCGGUGGACGUGCAAAGAUUUUGGAGAUUGUGGGGUUCCUGUCUACUCCACUUUCUGCCUAUAAAACCGCCGUGAGCAUGCCGUUACCCAGUUAUCUCUUGAGGAAGUUUGUUCGCUACAGGUGUCACGGACUUAAACCAUCGCAUUGACGCUCCAAUGGCUGGAGUACGACUAGCGUUUAACUUCGGUGUUUUAUUAUUGUUGCAGCUGCCAUUAUCGGUUACAAGUUUGACAGCGGCUAAAGUUGAAAUUAUUUCCAGUGCCCAAGACAUAGAGGUGGGAGUGAGACACCUGCUUCUCUGCACAGCUGGUGCCAAUGAGAGGAUGACGUGGCAUAAGGACGGGGAGGAUGUAGACGAGGACCAGGUAGUGGUGGAAAACGUCGACGAGACUUCGUCGAAACUGAUCAUCGAGAAAGCCAGGAUCGACGAUUCCGGGCUUUACUCCUGUAACGUCGAAUUUGAUAGCGGUGCCGGGAAAGCCACUUACCAGAUCUUUGUCUACCAGAGGCCAAAGUUCGUCUCCACGCCGACGUACCACGAGUUCCUGGAGGGCCAGGACGCGGUGCUGCCCUGCGCCGCCGAGGGGCUGCCAGCCGUGGACGUGAAGUGGCGCAGAGCGCCUGAGGAGCGAAUCAGCGUGCUGCCGGACAACAGCCUGAAGAUCGCCAAAAUCGAGCGCAAGCAUCACGGCACCUACUUCUGCGAAGCCUCCAUCCGCAACCGGCCUGUUUCCGAGCAGCUCCCCAUUUCUGUUGUGGUCAACGCACCCCCGACUGCUGAAAUGCACGAGAAGAAGAAAAAUGUCCUGGCAGGUCCCAGAACCAACGUGUCCAUAUCCUGCCUGGUCAAUGGAUUUCCCACCCCAAAUAUCUCCUGGACCAGCCCCCCACUGUCGGACGCCACCCGCCACCGGUUCAAUUCGGACAGGAGCGAGCUGACGAUUCCCUCGGUGGUCCGGAGUGACUUCGGCGAGUACACGUGCGUCGCCGCCAACAAGAUCGGAGAGACCCGGGCCAGCUUCACGCUCGACGUUACGGUGCAUCCGGCAGUGUCCCUGAGCAAGGCUUCCCUGGAGGUGGAGCCCGGGAGGACUGCCUCCGUGACGUGCGAAGCCUCCGGACACCCCCCUCCCAGAGUUCACUGGGUUCGGAAAGGCACCAACGUGGAACUGACCCCCAGCAGCGCCCGAGCCAGGGCCAAGGGCCCCACCCUGGAGUUUGAGGCAGUCCAGCCCGCAGACGGUGGCCUGUACACCUGCGUGGGCCUCAGUGAUGUUGGGAAUGACACCGUGGACUUCAGCCUGGAGACCUGGCCGGGAGCUCCGUCCCAAAUUGGGGUGAUCCCCGGGCCCGCCUCAGCUCGCCUCUCCCUGGACGCCCCCCCAGUCAACGGGGGGACCCCCAUCACCCAGUACGUCCUGGAGUGGAGGAAGGAGAACGAGGGAAACCGGAGCCAGAGAGUGGUCCAGUCCGCCGAACCCCUGGUCCUGCCCGCCCUGGAGCCCUACACCUCCUACCUGGUCCGCCUCGCCGCCACAAACCGCCUGGGACAGGGGGCGUUCUCCAGCGAGCACGCCGUCCGAACCCUGGCCAAGCAAGGGGAGCCGGACAGACCCCUGCUGAUGGACAGCGAGGUCCAGGUGGAGAAGAACUCGGUCUCCGUUCCCAUCAUGCAGCAGGACAACGGCAGCGAGCCCGUCAUCCACUACGUCGUACGCUACUGGCCCGACAUGGAGGACGAGGCGUGGAAGGAGGUAGAGCUCCCGGCCAACGCCACGGCGAUCAAUCUGGCAGGACUGCAGUACAACACCAGCUACCACCUGGAGGUCCGGGCCAUCAACCCCAUGGGGUCCUCCCGCUCCGCCCACUUCAGCUUUUGGGUGCCUCAGGCCAGCGCUGUCCCAAAGACCGCGAUGGGCAAAGGAGCGGUGAUAGCCAUCGUCAUUUUGAUCUUCCUGCUGUUGCUGGUUGCCGUGGACGCGACCUGUUGCUAUGUCAACCGCUGCGGACUGCUGAUGUAUCUGGCUGUUAAGCUGCUGGGCGAAAAAGCGCCAGGGCUCAAGUCUGUAGAGGAAGGAGACGGGGACAACAUUGUAGACGUGAAGUUGAAUGGGUUAAGAGCUCAGAGAGGGAGCAUCCCAAAACAGCAGCAGCAGCAGCAGAAUGGGGCACAGAAUGGGGUGCAGAUGGAGGUCACGUGCGACAAAGCGCCCCUCACCAAAUUCGAGAAAGCCUCGCCAGCCUCUGACCCAGCCACGGAGGACAGGAAGUGACAUCACCAGAUCACGACGCCCCCAAAAACACUGGUCCGGUAGGAAGAAGAGGCUGACCACAUCCGGGAUUAAAGGGGGGGGGUGGGGGGGGGGGGGGAAGGCGACGUUCUAUUUUGCGAUUACAGGGAGCGACUGCGGUGCAAAUCGGGGAGAGUGAACCGCGUCUCUGUGUAAAAGCAGAGUGGGGGGAGGACGGGGAGGAGAAACGGGUCUGGCUGGUGUCACAGAUAGUUGGCGCUUGGUUGAUGUGCACCCGUUAAAGAUCGACAACGAAUGAUUUAGGGAUGAAUGAGGUGUAGCACCACCUCUUUGGACGAGCAGGGUUGACAUGGCACCUUGUAAUGCGUGUGUGUGUGUGUGUAUAGUGUGAUAGUUUUGGUAGACUUACUACAGUAUGUGUCAUUAUCUGUAAUUUAAAAACAUAAGAUACUCAUUUGGUUUUGCUUUUAAGUAAGAUAUCCAGUCGAUCCUCCGUAUAAAAAUCUAUUUAGGCAGCUAAAUGUUGUCCUUCAGCAAUAGACUGAAACAUUCAUCAGCAUUCUUGUAUUUUACCAAAGUAUUUUUGCAUUAUAUAUUUUUUUCAGUAUUUCUACAUCAAAAUACAACACAAUCCAGUGUCUUGGUCAUGAGAAAAAUGUGUACAGAUGAGAAUGUGAGGCUGUGGAUUUUUUCAAUUUUAUUUUAUUUUUGGUUUGUUCUGUAUAUUUUGUGUAUAUACACACUAUUUACGAAUUCAAAUUUUGUUGUACAAAAUUAAUGGAAAUAAAUGGAACUACAGUGAAUUUUAAA